AAUUGAAUGAGUAGCGGAAGUAGAGUCGGACGCUGGUGCUAAUUUUUUUGACAGGAGUGAACCUGAACGCAUAAUUCAGUGGAGAGGGAUCAAGCUGCCUAAAGACUGAAAUGGUGGACUCUCAGUAUUACCUCCCAAAUGACAUCGGGAUCUCUGCUCUGGACUGCCGGGAGGCUUUCAGGCUGUUGUCUCCCAAAGAGCAAAUGUAUGCACACUACCUCUCUCGGGCGUCCUGGUACGGUGGACUGAUCGUGCUGAUCCAGACCUCUCCUGAGUCUGCCAACAUCUACGUACUGUUGCAGAAAAUGUUCCACGCACAGGCGCCACAGCAGCUGGAGGCAGUGGCAACUGCUGCUGGACUGAGCGCAGAGGAGUAUCAGGCCUUCCUCGUAUAUGCUGCUGGACUUUAUGCAAACAUGGGGAACUACAAGUCAUUUGGGGACACCAAAUUCAUCCCCAACCUACCAAAGGAGAAGUUCAAGGCUCUGGUGUGGGAGAGUCUGGCCUUUAAACAGAGCCCUGGCGACAUGGAGACACUGUGGGGCUGCUGCUGUGAGCUCCUCUACUCCCUAGAAGACAAGCAGAAACAGCUCGGUCUGGGUGAGAAGGGGAUCUCGGCGUACUUCUCAGGGAACUGCUGCUUAGAAGACGCAGAGUUUGCCCAGAAAUUUCUGGACUCCAAGAACCUGAGUGCCUACAACACCCGUCUGUUCAAGACUGAAAUAGAUGGGAAGCGGUGCUAUGAGGUGCGUCUGGCAUCUGCCGAGAAGGACUGUGCUGUUGAGGGAAAGAGUGAAGUUUGUUGUGGCAAAUAUGAAUUUGAGGAUUCUGUGUUCUCUGUUAAGAGAGGCGAUUAUGCCUUUCUUAUGGAGAAAGUGUGUCAGAACUUGGAAAAAGCCAAGGAUUAUGCAGCCAAUGAGAACCAGAAGAGGAUGCUGGAGGAGUAUACCCGCAGUUUCACCUGUGGCUCAGUGGAAGCCCAUAAAGAAGGGUCCCGCUAUUGGAUAAAAGACAAAGGACCUAUUGUGGAGAGUUACAUUGGUUUUAUUGAGAGCUACAGAGAUCCAUUUGGCUCAAGGGGGGAAUUUGAAGGUUUUGUUGCCGUGGUGAACAAGGCCAUGAGCGCUCGCUUUGCUCAGUUGGUGAGCUCGGCCGAAGUCUUACUACCAGAGCUGCCUUGGCCUCCAGCCUUUGAGAAGGACCGCUUCCUCAAGCCAGACUUCACCUCUCUGGACGUACUCACCUUCGCCGGCAGCGGCAUCCCUGCAGGAAUCAACAUUCCAAACUAUGACGACAUCAGACAGACAGAAGGUUUCAAGAACGUCUCUCUUGGGAAUGUGCUGGCAGUUGCAUAUGCCACACAGAAAGACAAGCUCACCUUUCUUGAGGAGAACGACAAAGACCUGUACAUCAAAUGGAAGGGUCCUUCUUUUGAGGUGCAGGUGGGACUUCACGAGCUGCUGGGUCAUGGCAGCGGGAAGCUCUUUGUACAGGAUGAUAAGGGAAAAUACAACUUUGAUCAAACUGCUGUUCGUAAUCCAGAAACAGGAGAACUGAUCUCGAGCUGGUACAAGGGUAGCGAGACAUGGGACAGCAAGUUCUCCACCAUUGCCUCGUCCUAUGAGGAGUGUCGAGCUGAGUGUGUAGGUCUCUACCUGUGUCUCAACAAACAGGUGCUCAGUAUUUUCGGGCAUGAAGGAGAGGAUGCAGAGGAGGUAGUAUACGUGAACUGGCUGAACAUGGUGCGUGCCGGUCUGCUGGGGCUGGAGUUCUACACGCCAGAGAGCAAGAGCUGGAGACAGGCACACAUGCAGGCCCGGUUUGUGAUUUUGCGGGUUCUGCUGGAGGCCGGAGAGGGACUGGUUGGUCUAAGGGAGUGUACAGGGGCAGAUGGACGGCCAGAUGCUGUCAUAACACUCGACCGCAGCAAGAUAUACACAGUGGGCAAGAGCGCCAUCCAGAGGUUCCUCUGUAAACUGCAGGUGCACAAGUCCACAGCUGACGUGGAGAGAGGAAGGGCUCUGUAUGAAGGCUAUUCUGCCGUGACUGCUGACGGGACCCACAAUUUCCUACACCUCAGAGAGACGGUUCUGCUCCGUAAGGAAGCUCGCAAGAUGUUUGUCCAGGCUAACACCUAUAUCAAAGGUGACGCUGUGGAGCUGGUUGAGUAUGAAGGCAGUGCUGCAGGGCUCAUCCAGUCCUUCGUCGAACGCUUCCCAGACAAUGCCGAGGAGGUUGAGGCCCAGCUGCUGCAAAUGACCUGCACGGACUCGUCCUGCUGGUGCUGAGACGACACAGUGCUGUG